UAAUAGGUCGGCUUUGUACUCCUCGAUGGGGCGAGUUUUUUUUUUACCAAGGAAUUGUGGAUUUUUUUAAGUAAAUUAUGGCUAAAACAAAACAUGAGGAGAAAAUAUAAUGUGAAAAAAUAAAACUCGACAAUAUACUAAAAAGAAUUUGCCAUAAGAAUAAUAUGAAAUAUUUGUACAAGUGAAAGAAAAACGGAAUUGCAAUUACGGCCACAAAACAAAGGCAAAAAAUUGGAAAAAAAUAUAGAUGAAAAAAGAAAAAAGGCAGAGAGAGGAGCAGAGAAAACGAGCGCCACCAUCAGUGUCAUGUGUAUAUAAAUAGAAUUGCUUGGUCAAGAAUCAAAGAAUCGAAUCGAAAACGUAACGAAAAAGAAAAUAGUGCAACAACCACUGAAGUGGGGUUUUCAUAUUUCUGAAAGAUUAUUUUCUAUUGCUUGGCUGGUGGCUGAAAAGGAGCAGUGCAUAUACACUUGUGGGGAAAAUGGAUGAAAUAACUUGGAGACUGCAGUCGCUGGAAAAGCGUUUAUUGGAGCAAAAUGAUUCGUCCAGACUGGUUUACGACACAUCACCCGUACCCGAAGUUCGGAGACGGCCUGCAGGGUUGGAUAGCAUACCAAAUCGUAGCAGAAUGACAUUAAACUUACCACAUUCACCUGCCCCAGCUACCGAAUCUGAAACGGAACGCAAAUUGAGGAAAAUUCACAAACAGUCUGGUAUUUUAACAAUAAAUAAUAACAAAUACAAAUCCGACAUAAAAGAUCUCGAACAUCUGGGUGACUUGGGUAAUGGCACCAGUGGGAAUGUUGUUAAGAUGCGCCACAAACAAAGUGGCACCAUUAUUGCGGUGAAGCAAAUGCGUCGUACCAGCAACAUCGAAGAGAAUAAACGUAUUCUCAUGGACUUGGAUGUGGUACUGAAAUCACAUGACUGCCCAUAUAUAGUACAAUGUUUUGGAUGUUUUAUAACGGAUGCAGAUGUGUGGAUAUGCAUGGAAUUGAUGUCGAUGUGUUUCGAUAAAUUACUAAAGCUAUCUAAAAAACCGGUACCAGAACCAAUUUUAGGAAAGGUGACUGUGGCGACUGUAAAAGCGUUAUCCUAUCUUAAGGAUACACAUGGUGUAAUACAUCGCGACGUCAAACCUUCAAACAUUUUAAUCGAUGAACGUGGUAACAUAAAACUCUGUGAUUUUGGCAUUAGUGGACGUUUGGUCGAUUCCAAAGCAGCCACUAGAUCGGCAGGAUGUGCCGCAUAUAUGGCCCCUGAGCGCAUCGAUCCCAAGAAAAUCAAAUAUGACAUACGGGCUGAUGUUUGGUCUUUGGGUAUUACCUUAGUGGAAUUGGCAAUAGCUCGAUCACCAUAUGAAGGUUGUAAAACAGAUUUUGAAGUUCUAACAAAAGUCUUAGACAGCGCUCCACCAACAUUACCAGAAGAUGAACAUUUUCAUUUCAGUGACGAAUUUCAUAGUUUUGUGAAAAAAUGUUUGAAAAAAGAUCAUCUUCAACGUCCCAAAUACCCAGAACUUUUGGUGCAGCCUUUUAUUAUCUAUUAUGAAAACGCUGAAGUCGAUAUACCGAAAUGGUUUAAAUCUGUUGUUGAUUCAACGAGUAUUAAGACACAUCGUAGGACUCAAAUACCCACAUCGAUGAUCCCGGCAACAUAUGAUGCUACCAAACAUUAUAGGAGUCCACACAAUGCUUUAAUUUUCGAUACAUCAGCAUCGUCGUCGUCAUCUGCAGCAGCAGCAUCAUCAUCGUUAAAUACUAAUCCAUUUGUAACAGGAGCUACAACAGCAACAGCAACGACAACAAUGACAAUAAAUACAACAAAAUCCUCAUUAGCAACAACAGCAGCAUCGGCAUCAUCACAACAAUCACACUCACAGAUACCAAGCUAUUACGGCACAGGAAGCCAUUAUCAGCCACAACGUAAUAACAGUUUUCAUAGAGAACAUCAGAAGCAUCAGCAGCCGUCACAACUACCUCAAUCUAUAAAUCAAUAUAAUGGCAGUAAUGCAACAACAAGCACAGCAACGAUAAACUACAAUCAGGGAUCAACGAUGACAACAACAACAACAGCAGCAGCAGCCGCUACAUCAGGAUCAACACCUAACUUUGGUACUGCGAGACCGAGCUUGGAGCGACUACCAAGUGGGUCGGGCAGUAGCAGUGCCACUAGUUCAAGUCCUUUAUCACCGCCAAGCAUAACUACGCUCACCACAAAUCCAGACCGGGAUACAAAAUUAGUUAACGAAAUGCAUAAAUUAUGUCGCAAAUCACCAUUUAUGCCAAAGAAAUACAAUGGCUCAUCUUCAAACAAUCGGUACAAUGCAUCGGCAGCGACAGCGGGUGGAGGUGAUGAAAGUCCCAAAAAGGAAUCUGUAUUGUCUUCAAUAGGCCAAUCAAUUUUACGCAACUUAACAACAUCACCCUUUAGUCAGAAGAAAAACACUUCCAAUACGGUGCAACCGAAUCAAAUCGAUCCACUAUUUCGUAUGCCUUGUGCCCAGGAUGUUAGCUAUUCAGCAUUUGAUACCAUGGAUCAUGCAUCAAAUGUGAAUAAAUCGAAUGCUACAGAUUCACCAGCCCUUCAGCGUAAAAGGUAUCAAAUGGGCAGUGAUUCGAAAUAUAAUACGACCGCUGCCAAAAAACCUUCCACCGACACUAGUCCCAGUACUAUUGCUGCAUCAACCGGGGUGGAUAUAUUCGAGAGUUUCCAAGAUAAACCGCAAGAAUUUCACGAAGGCAAAACAUCUUCAGUGAUACCACCACCAACGACAACAGCAGCAACAACAACAUUGACCAAAAAUGAAGCUCAACCGCAACGUGUUCCAGGCAAUCAUAGUCCUUUAGUCCUUCAACGUUUCUAUCAUCAACAAAAUCAGCUGCGCGAAAAGGAGCUAGAACGACAACAAUAUCAACAAAGUCAUCACACGUUUUAUAAUAAAAAUUCACCCUCAUCAUCCAAUGAUAUCACAAAUCCCUUUCAUCAUCCAAAUUUGUAUCAUACAUCUGCGUCGUCGCCACAACAGCAACAGCAACAACACCAACAUUUUAGUUCUCACAUACCAAUUGCCUCAUCCAGCACACUGUCAUCGUAUUCUACGUCUAGUCAAUCAUCUACACAAUCUUCUCAAUGUUCACAAGUUGGCGGUGAUAUGCCAUCAUCAGCUCAACAACAACAGCAGCAUCAUCACCAUGGACCAAGAAGUUUACCAUUAAUGUCAAGUUAUGACAGUAAAUUAUCUUCAUCGCCCACAUCACCCCCACAAGCGCAGACAGCAACAAUGGGCUUUGGUACGAACGCAACGCAAGCAUCACCAACUUCGGCGUCAAUCAAUGCCACAGGACAUUUGCAAUAUCAACCACUGCCUCAACAUUAUCUUACAAAUACUCCCUAUGCAAAUGUUAUGCGCGGUUCAGGAUCACCGCCAAUAUCGCCACCCGACGAUGCGGGUAAUCAACGAAUGGGUGUCACAAGUCCUACAGUCUCCAAACUAAGUAAACUCUACAAUCAACGGCAUCAGGGUAAUAUGUCACCUUCAACAGCUGCUGCGGUGGCAGCCUCAGCUUCAAUAACCAAUGCAAAUAAUGCUGGAACAUCGUCAGCUGCCACAAAGGAAAAUAACUAUAAAACGGAAAGCGGCUGGUUUAAUACAUUGGCCGGUGCCAUGAAACGCCAGCUGUCCAAUUACGUUAAAAUACAAACAUCCAAUAACAAUUCUCCUUCAAACUCAGCCACAACAUCGCCAACAAAUGGAGAUACGAAUGCACCUCCUCCAGCUGAUAAUAACAAAGCGAAUCUAUUUUAUCGUACCAUGUCAACGGGGAGCAGUAGUUCACCCAGUAAUAGUCAAACAACGUCACCUUCGGACGAGGCCGCAUUGGCAACGGGAACAGCAUUAAAAACUCCAAGCGCGAAUGGUUCUGAGGGCUUCUAUGAAGGUUCAAGUGCUGGUGGUUUCAUACGACGUUAUGCGGCAUCAACCGGUAGCGGUGGAUCAACAGGUGCCGGUUCCAAUUUGAAUGCUUCGGGUACAAAUACAUCGAUACCAGCGACGCACACACCCCCGCACAUUUUGGCAAAUUUGGAUAGAAGGCAUCGUUCGCCAGAUCCACCACCACGUUACAAUCGUGGUCAAUCGCCGUUGCUGUUACGUAAGAAUAUCUUGGAAUUGAGUGGCCAACCACCAGGCACAUCACCAUUGUUAAAUAGAAGAUUUGUUAAUGCUUCUCCACCACUUCCACCACCAAGACGCGGCUCCGAAAGUGUACCCGGCUCACCACAACACUUCCGUACACGCAUCCAUUAUACACCCGAGCCACAGAGGCGUAUCUAUCGGACUAUAGAUCAAUGAGUGGCACUACAAAUAAUGGUUAUGUGAUAUUGGUAUGGUUUUGUUGAUGAUGAUAAUGUUGAUGUUGCUGCUGCUGCUGCGGCCGCAGCUGCGGCCACCACACCCAAUCCCCAUGCAACGGAGGACCUUGAUGUUGAUUUCAUUAUGGGCGGUGGUGCCAAUGACAGCAAUGCAUUGCCUUUGUCAUCAUCAUCUGCCCGGGAUUUCUUAACGACACGUUCCUUUAGUCAUACGGGCAGUGUCAGUGAACGUUUGGACUCUAUGGUGGCAUCGUCAUCAUCAUCGACUACACAAUUGAAUGAAGAUUUUCACAAUACCCCAGCAUCGGCUCCAGCAUUUUCUUCAUUGUCCUUGGAUGCGGCCGAUAUGUAUACGGCCAGAAUGCGGCGUGCCAAAUAUUGGUUACAGAAAUAACAACCAUUAGCAAUGGAGGCGGCGUUUGUGGCUAGUGAUUCUAGUGAAGCUGCUGGAAUACAUUGUGUAAAAAAGCAAGAGAUUAAAGAAGGGUCCAAACACAGGAAACAAAUAUUUAUGUUUAUUGUAUGUUUGUUUUGAAAAAGGAGAGAGUGAGAAUGAAAAUGAAAAUGUAACGAACGUUUGCAACAACUAUUUUUGUAAAUUUGAAUAGUUUGUUAUGACCAAACAACACCUAAGAAAAUAAUUGUAACUCUCCUCAAGAAUUUUUGUAUUAUUUGUUUGUUUUUUGCUUUCCUUGUAAUGUUGUAACAUAGAAACAAACUCCCCAAAUAAUUGUUGACGCCGCCUAUAUAUGACGUCUUAAAAUUAAAAUUAAAAAAAAAAAAACCUAAAAUGAAAAGUCUUACGCCAAUGCUUUAAUGUAAAGGCUUUAUAUGCCUGCAUAAAUAUAUAUACAAAAAUAUAUAACGACAAAUAUUAUAUAAUGGAAAAUAUUCUCAAAUACAAAAAAAAACUACAAAAAUAAUCACCAUAGAACACCAAAUUUAAGCAAUAUUUAUUUAAACAAAUACAUACUUAUAUCUUAUAUUGAAUAAUAGAUAUAGAAUAAUAUAUGAAUCUGUAAUGGCUCUAUGUAGCGGACGUGUACGGAAAAUGGAAAAAUCUUAUAUAAGUUGUUCAUAUGCCUACCCACACACAAACACACUUUUUUGCAUGCAACUGUUUGUGAAAAAAAAUCCGGAAAUGGUGGAAAGCACAUAAUGUCUUUUUUGUAUUGUAGGAUUCGUUGUUGCUUCCUUAGCUUCUGACCCGCCCAUUUUUAAUUUCAACGUUUCUGUUUACAUUUUUAGAUUAACAAAACAAAAAAAGCAAAAUAGUUCCUUUGUAAAUUUCUUGUUUAAUGCAAAAAAGUUUGCGUUGCUCGAUUUUAGGACAGUGGCAAACUUUCUUUAUUUUAAUUGUCUUUUAAAGAAGCAAUGUUGUUUUUUUUUCUCAGUUUUCAUUUUUCUAUUUUGUGUAAAGUUUUACUCUGACUGAAUAAUUUUAAUUAUCUUGUUUUAUAAUUUAACGACUCACUUUAAACGACCACUGACAUAACUUGUAUAACUACAUACAAAAUCGAAUUAAAUAUAAAAGAAAAAAAAACUACUUUUAAAGAAGAAACACAAAAUGGACAUCUUAAAAUGACAAUCUUAAUUUAUUAAAAAAAAUGUAAGAGGAUAUAAUAUUUUUUUUGUUAUUACUACACAACCCUAUACCACAUAAAUAUGCUAUGGGAUACGAAUGAGCAGGCAGUCUUAUGCAUAUCUAGUAUAUGGAUUAUUAUAGUCGAAACGAAAACGCCUUUGAAACGGAUCCUGAAACUAAGUAUUGUGUUUUGUUUUAGUUAAAGACAUGACAUUGAUUCGCAGACUUCUAAAAUUAGUAAAUAUGUUGCCUUGACUGCAGUCUUACCAUCAAAUUUCAAUCCUUUCCUUAAAACUAUCAGAAUCUGCAGAAUGAGGUAGCGCCAUAGCCAUCCUAAUUACCAACAAGUGGAUACACCUCUAACUUUCCGAAAUUCCGAGCCCUCCAGACGCCAUCGAGAUCGUAACAUAUGCGAUACCAUCAUGGCGUCGGGUCCUGUAGUUGAUGACAUAUGUGUCAGGGUGAACAGCUAUCUAGCGGAGCUUGUCGCCUUCUUCCAUGCGAGGAAUAUGAAAAUAUCCGUCACUAAAUCAACGGCCACACUAUUUACCACAUGGACUGCAGAGAUGAGAACACAGCUGAAUGUGCAGGUCGAGAGGCAUAUAAUUCCGACCACUAACUACCCCAAAAUCCUUGAGGUCACAUUCGAUAGCAUGUUCAAAUCUUUCGCGCAAGCCACAGCUAUCUGCGAUAAACUGAAAAGAAUGAACCAGGCCCUCAAGGCCCUAGCCGGCAGCAAUUGGGUUGCGGAUAAGGAAACCUUGGUGACCCCUAAUAAAGCAAUAGGUCGGUCUGUGGUUAGCUAUGCGGUUAGCUGGCACAUCCAGAUCUGCCAGAACGCUGCUCUGAGAACAGGUGUCUUCUCAUGACACCGGUGGACCAUCCACAUGAGGAGGCGAAAGUUCUUCCCUUACGUCAGCAUAAUCAUAUGCUUUCGUUGCAGUACCUGCUUGGGUGUUACCGAGAGAGUCUUCCCAACCACCGUAUGGUGGAUAAAUCUCCCCCACCAAGGCGUGUUAGGAAGAACAAACACUAUCUAGAGAGGGAGGUCCAACGCUAUAAGGGAGAACUUCUAGAUCGAGAAGCCUAUCAGGCAGGUCUGAGUGGUAUUCAUACCGAUGCAGUCGCGGAUGCUAUCAGCAGAUAUAAAAUGAAUGCCGUCCUCGGGGUCAACACCCAAUAAAUUGUAGCUAAAAAAUGCCAGCUGCUUAGACAAACCAGGGUCGUUUUUGCGUAAUUGCGCAGGAUGGUGUAGUUGUCUCAAUUCGUAUUGGGCCCGAAUUGAUGAAGAUGUGCGUGACGCCUGCCAGGCGUGUGAUACAGGCCCGCACAAUACUCUGCACCUCUUUAAUUGCACAGUCAAACAUACCCAACUCACUCCUGAAUAUCUCUAGCUACAGCCCAUUAAAGUAGCAGAAUUUCUGGAACCAGAUUAGCAGAACGCAAACAUGUACUACUGCUGCAACAACAACAACGAUCUAGAGAGAGAUGAUCAUGCCUUUGAAAAGGAUCUGUGUAGUAUUCACCGAACACCAUGCUGCAUCUUUUCAAUUCCCAUGUUAAGUCUAUCCAACUCACUCCCGAAGAUAGCCGUAUUUUUUUAGAUAUGUAGUUAAAAAGCAGAACCUACAACAACAUAUCCCAUAUAUUGAGAUAUGGAAUAAGAAAUUGGGGUUUCCAGACAAUUGUACUCAGUCAAAUUGUCUAUAUUAAAUUCUGUUAUGCCAAAGGUCUCAUUAAUAUUUUUUAUUCGUUUGUAUUCGCUGCCUUAGAUUCACUUCAAGAACAAUUUGCUCAACGUUUUUUUUUAUAAAAUAUACUGGUAUAGGUUCCAUUCUCCCUUAUUUUGUUAUAUAUCUUUCAGAUAAGUAUAACACAAGGCCUUCUUGACCUGUUUUUACAAAUGUGGUGUAGAAAAUAAUACUGCUAGACCUUUCCUAAUAUAUAUUUUAAAGUCCGUUCUGUUUUUUUCUCUCUCUAUAAAAAUUUUGAAUAUUCGUUUUGUGUAUGAUUUGCCCCAAACUUUUUAAAAAUAAUUUUUUUUAGACAUAGGUCUGUAAACAAACAUAAAAUAUUUGUUACUCCUACAGAUCCUCUUCAUAUAUAAAUUAUAAUUGAAAUUAAGUGGUAAUGUAUUCAUAUUUAUCAUACACACACGCAUACAUAUUUCAUACUGUAACUGUUCUUUAUUUAUAUUAUAUAAAAACAACUACAACAAAAAAGCAUAGGAAAAAAGAAAAUCAUAUUAUUACACUGUAUUCGAAGAAAACAAAAAAAAAAAAAAACGAUUUAUAUGAAACUAUCCUUGAAAUCAAUAUUUAACUUGCUCCCGAAAUUAAGAUCCGACUCUUAAACACACACCCACAUACCAUUAGGAAUUAUUACAAACUUAACGAAAAAUAUUGAAUAAACAAAAAACAUUGUUUUCUUUCGUAUUUAAGUAAAAGAAAAACUAAAUGUAUAUAUUGUUAUAUACCAUAUAAACAAACAAACCCAAGUAGUAAGUAAUAAAAUGCUAUGUAAAAAAAUUAUAAAAAAAAAAAUCAUGAAAAAUAAUUCGAAAACAUACAAAAAACGAAAAUAAAACAUUAAAAAGUACUAAAUUUUAGUACGCGAAAAAAACUAUACCACAUAAAAA